CGUUGUCGGGACUCGGAACAAGCCAACAUGGCCGGCGCCGUGACGACCGUCGGGUUUUCAUCCAUACGGCGUAUACUUGGUAUUUUACAUCCGAGGUUGGCAGCAGGAGCAGGCGGUACCCAACAGAUGCCGUGCCUCCACACCAGCGCUUCACUAGACGUCAAGAACUGGGAAAGGAAGAACAAGAUCAUUUAUCCACCUCAGCUUCCAGAUGAGCCCCGCAGACCCGCAGAGAUCUAUCAUUCAAAAAGACAGAUCAAGUACAGCAAAGACAAGAUGUGGUACCUGGCCAAAAUGAUUCGAGGCAUGAGUGUCGAUGAGGCUAUUGCACAGUUGGGCUUCAAUGACAAGAAAGGGGCCAAAAUCAUGAAAGAGGUGCUCCUGGAAGCUCAGGAGAUGGCGGUAAAGAACCACAACGUGGAGUACAAAUCCAACUUGUAUGUAGCCGAGUCAUUCUCCGGUAAAGGGAUGUACCUGAAGCGCAUCCGCUACCACGGCAGAGGGAUGUUCGGCAUCAUGGACAAAGUGAACUGUCACUACUUCGUCAAACUAGUGGAGGGAUCGCCGCCCAAAACGGAGGAAAGGACCAGCCUGGAUCAGGCCAAGGAGUACGUGCAGAGCCUCAAAAGAAGAACCGUCAUACACAGUCUGUAGACUGGUUGUCCACUGUAAUAAAUGAAGUUUAUGUGUGUCAGUGAUAUUUGUAAAUAAAUGAGUAAGGAGACCCUCUUAA